CCCGCCUUCCGACGGGGGUGCGGCUCCAGGAAACGGCACGGUCGCCACUCAGCGCUCCUGCGACCCGACGCUCCCCAGACGACCCCGCCGACUGAGCCAGACCACCAGGCGUGCCCCAGCGGCGGCGGCGGGGACAGCAACCCCGGGGCCGAGCCUCGGACACCUCCGCCCAGACGGGGCGGACUGUGCGGCUAGGAACCCGGGAGGCCAUGGGGACCUGGGCCGGGCCAGCGGUCGCGAGCCAUCGGGAGCCUCGGGUCUGAGGAGCGGGCGGCGGGGCGGCGGGGGCCAUGACCUCGGUGUGGAAGCGCCUGCAGCGCGUGGGCAAGCGGGCCGCCAAGUUCCAGUUUGUGGCCUGUUACCACGAGCUGGUAGUGGAGUGCACCAAGAAAUGGCAACCAGAUAAGCUGGUGGUGGUGUGGACCCGGCGGAACCGACGCAUCUGCUCCAAGGCCCACAGCUGGCAGCCAGGCAUCCAGAACCCAUACCGGGGCACCGUGGUGUGGAUGGUACCUGAAAAUGUGGACAUCUCCGUGACCCUCUACAGGGACCCCCAUGUGGACCAGUAUGAGGCCAAAGAGUGGACGUUUAUUAUUGAGAAUGAGUCUAAAGGGCAGCGGAAGGUGCUGGCCUCGGCUGAUGUGGACCUGGCCCGCCAUGCGGGGCCCGUGCCUGUCCAAGUGCCUCUGCGGCUGCGGCUGAAGGCCAAGUCCGUGAAGGUGGUACAUGCAGAGCUGAGCCUCACUCUCUCGGGGGUGCUGCUGCGGGAGGGCCGUGCCACGGACGAUGACAUGCAGAGUCUUGCGAGCCUUAUGAGCGUGAAGCCUAGUGACGUGGGCAACUUGGACGACUUUGCUGAGAGUGACGAGGAGGAAGCUAAUGGUCCAGGGGCCCCUGAGGCACGGGCUCAUGUCCCCCAGCCAGAUCCUUCUCGGGAGCUGAAGACACUUUGUGAGGAGGAAGAGGAGGGCCGAGUACAGCCCCAGCAGGCAGUUGCCAGCCCUUCUAGUGCUGAGGAUACCAGCCCAACCCGUGUGAGUGCCCCUGCACCCCCAGCCAGGGCCUCCCGGGGCCAGGGGUCAGAAGCAGCUACUAUAGCAGGGGGCCAGGUGGGGCCUGAGGCCCCAAGGUCCCCAGGAACCCCACUGGAGACGAGGUCCUCAAGACAGCCAGCCCAGGACAUGGCUCCCACCCCGGCCCCUCGGCUCCGGAAAGGCUCUGAUGCCCCCUGGCCCUCAGUUCCCCAAGGGAAGAAUGAGGCCUCUAAAGCUUCAGGGGCUCUCCCAGCGAGAGUGGGUUCUGCUGGGGAGACCCAGGCCCAGGCAAGCCCUCAGGAAGGGACAGAGGCGCAGGGAGCCAGGUCAGGCCCAGGCACUGAGGACGGAAGCUGCAGAGACUCUUUGGGAGGGCAGAAAGCAAAGGUUGAAGAGGGAGCCAUUGGGGACAGGCCAGAGGCCAGUGGGGUGGGUACUGAGCAGGAGUCAGGAGUCAGAGGAGUGAACACUAAUAGGUCAGAGGUCAGAGCGGGGGAGGCUGAAGAAAGUUCAGAAGUUAGUCAAGUGGAUGCCGAGCAGAGGUCAAAGGUGAGACAUGUGGACACUAAGGGACCAGAGGCUAAAGGGGUGAUGUGUGAGGAAAGAUUCAAGGGGACACCUGAGGCUCCUCCAAGGGGAUCUCAGGGGAAGACAGGGGUCAGGACCGGGGAUGAGUCUCCUAUAAUCCAGAGCCCACUCCCAGCAGAGCCUGAAGAGUGCUCUGGGCAUCUCAGUGACCUCAAGGAGGUCAGGGCUGCUGCAGGCCAGGAGAGAGAGGGUGCAGAAGUGAGGAGUGGAGCCUCUGGUGUUGGGGGGACACUCCUGGAGCAGGGUCCCUCUGUUGGAGCAGCAAGCACCAGGCCCCAGGUGAGCAGGUACCAGAGGGCCCCCUCAGCAGCUGACCAGGGGGUGAUGUCUAAGGAUCUGGGGAUCUGGGAGGCAGAAACGGGGGAUUUGAGGGUUAUGGGAACAGAGACGGGGUUGGCAGAGUCAGAGGUUUGGGUGACCCAGGAGACAGAAGCAGGGGGAUCAGGGUUCCCAAAGAUAGAGACUGGGACAGCAGAAGCUGAGAUAUUGGGGGCCCAGACAGUGGUAGCGAAAUCAGGGGUCCUGGAAUCAGAGGCUGCUGGGAUGGCAGAACCUGAGGAACUGGAGACCCAGAAAACAGAGGUGAGGGUUUCAGGGACCCUGGGGGCAGAGGCUGGGAUGGCAGAACCUGAGGAACUGGGGACCCAGAAAACAGAGGCUGGGGGUUCAGGAGUUCUAGAGAUAAAGACUAGGAUGUCAGAGACUGAGAUAUUGGGGACCCAGGAGAUAUCAGGGAGCUCAGGGGUACUGAAGACAGGAGCUGAGAAAGCAGAAUCUGCAAUAUUGGGGGCCCAGGAAACAGAGGUAGCAGGUUCUGAGGUGCCAGAAAUAGAGGCUGGGAAGGCAGAGGCUGAGAUAUUGGGGACCCAGGAUAUAGAGGUGAGGGAUUCAGAAGUCUCAUUGAUAAAAUCUGAGAUAUCAGGGACCCAGGAAACAGAGUUAGGGGGUUCCCAGGUUCCAGGGUUUGAGGCUCAGACAGCAGAAGCUGAGGAAUUGGGGACCCAGGAGAUAGCAGCUGAGGGUUCAAGGAUCCCAGAGAUGGAGAAAGUGGUGGAGGAUUCAGGGGUCUCAGGGCCAGAGAUUGGAAGGGCAGAGGCUGAGGGACAGGGGACUCAACAGACAGAAACUACAGUUUUGGAGGCUAAGAAGACUAUGAUUUCAGGGGACACAGAAGCAGAGAAUGGGCUCUGGGGGACCCUCAUAGAUGAAGCUUUAAAGGCCCCAGUGACUAAGUAUGGAGUUUUAGGGUCCCAGGGAACAGAGGCAGAGACUACAGUAUUGAGGGUCCAGGAAGCAGAGGCUGGGGUUUGGGGGUUUUCAAAGGCCAAGUCUGGGGUUUGGGGGGCUCAGGAAACAGAGACGGAAGUUUUAGGGCAUCCUGAGAACCAGUCUGGUACUUUUGAGGCCCAGGAAGCAGAGGCUGGGGUCUCGGGAACCGAGAAGGAAAAAGAAGCUGAGGGAAGCCUGCCAGAGGCCAGCCUGACUGAGGCACAGGUGGCCAAUGGGUCAGGGGCUGGGGUGCCCAGGCCCUCAGGGGCUCCUUCCCCAAAGGAGCCUGAAGAGGACAGGAGGCUGCCGGGCAGCCAGGCACCACCUGCCCUGGUCAGCUCCAGCCAGUCCCUACUGGAAUGGUGCCAGGAAGUCACUGCUGGCUACCGUGGCGUCCGUGUCACCAACUUCACUACAUCCUGGCGCAACGGCUUGGCUUUCUGUGCCAUCCUGCACCGAUUCUACCCAGACAAGAUCGACUAUGCCUCCCUUGACCCACUUAACAUCAAACAGAACAACAAGCAGGCCUUCGAUGGCUUCGCGGCCCUGGGCGUGUCGCGGCUGCUGGAGCCAGCUGACAUGGUGCUGCUGUCGGUGCCGGACAAACUCAUCGUCAUGACGUACCUGUGCCAGAUCCGUGCCUUCUGCACCGGGCAGGAGCUGCAGCUGGUGCAGCUGGAGGGUGGCGGCGGCGCCGGCACGUACCGCGUGGCCAGCGCCCAGCCCAACCCGCCCGACGACCUGGACGCUGGCGGCUUGGCGCAGCGGCUACGCGAGCACCGGGCUGAGGCACCCGAGGAGCCCAAGGAGGCCGCGAGCCAUGCGGACGGGCCGACCCCGGAGGUUGCCUCCAAGGACCGCGGGACUGAGGCCUCCCAGGAGGUGCGCUCUGCAGAGGCCCCAGCCGAGGGCCCCGGAGCCCGAGCGUUGGUGCCCCCAGCGGAGGGGCUAGUGAAUGGGGCCGGAGCGCCGGGUGUGGGGGGCGGCGUGCGGCUGCGGCGGCUGUCAGUGAAUGGGGAGGCCGGGCCGGUACCCCCGCCCCGGGCGCAUGGUUCCUUCUCCCACGUGCGCGACGCCGACUUGCUAAAGAAGAGGCGCUCGAGGCUACGGAACAGCAACUCCUUCUCGGUGGACGACCCUGACGCUGGAGCCGCGGCUGCGGAAGGCCUGAGCCCUGAUCCCAGCCCUGCUUCCAGCCCACCCACAGCCACAACCCUGCAGCAGCCCUCUGGUGGGAGUACCCCAUUGGAGGAGCCACCCCCAAGCCCAGGGGAGGAGGCUGGACUGCAACGGUUCCAGGACACAAGUCAGUACGUGUGCGCAGAACUGCAAGCCCUGGAACAGGAGCAGAAGCAGAUAGAUGGGCGGGCAGCAGAGGUGGAGACUCAGCUGAGGAGCCUCAUGGAGUCUGGUGCCAACAGGCUGCAGGAGGAGAUGCUGAUCCAGGAGUGGUUCACACUGGUCAACAAGAAGAACGCUCUCAUUCGGAGACAGGACCAGCUGCAGCUGCUCAUGGAGGAGCAGGACUUGGAGAGGAGAUUUGAGCUGCUGAGCCGGGAGCUACGGUCCAUGCUGGCCAUUGAAGACUGGCUGAAAACGGCCGCGCAGCAGCACCGAGAGCAGCUCCUGCUGGAGGAGCUGGUGUCGCUGGUGAACCAGCGCGACGAGCUGGUCCGGGACCUGGACCACAAAGAGCGGAUCGCGCUGGAGGAGGACGAACGCCUGGAGCGCGGCCUGGAGCAGCGGCGCCGCAAGUUGAGCCGGCAGCUGAGCCGGCGCGAACGCUGCGUGCUGAGCUGAGGCCGCGCCGCCGUGGGGGAGUCCUCAGCUUUUCUGCUGCCGCCCGGGGUCGUCGCCCCAGCCUGCGCGCGGGACGACCGGGCCCUCGUGCGGCCUGUAGGGGCCGCCGUAGUCCCUUUACUGGGAUGGGUAGGGCUGCCCCUCGGCGCCAUCCGGCUGUAUUUAUUUGUCUGUGUGAGUGUCUGUGCCUGUGUGAGUGUCCGUGUGUGUCCGUGUGUGUGUGUGUGUGUGUUCGCGUGUUCACGGGACGGGGGGUUCCCGGAGCGCCGCGCAGACCUCCUCCCCGACUGCAGGGCCCGCGCGCGCCAGCCCCAGGGGAGCAUGAUGGCUGUGAACUAUCGCGCCCCACCCUCCUCCACUUCCUGUUCCUUGUGAGCAAUAAAUUUGGACAAGUCUACA